AAGUAAAUUAGUUUGCUAGGAUUUUUAACCUUUCCACAACACCUUUUUCUUAAAUGAAACCAAAUCUUCUUAUAUUAUUUUUUUCUUUUAAAUUCUUACUUUGGAAGUGAUGAGCAAUUAGUGACUCAUGCACCAAAAAAGUUGGAUUCAACUUCCACAUCUACACCCCCUUUAAAUACACACCAUUUCCCAAAAAACAUGAUUCAUCACAACCUCAAGAAACAUUCAACAGCUUGUUGGCAUUGUUUCCAUUUCAUUCUUCAAAAGAAAGAAAAAAAAAUGAAGAAUCAGAUGCUUAAACAAGUUAUUGGAGUUCCAAUCAAAGCAACGACAUAUGGAGUUGGGAGAAGAACAUCAAGGCAAUACUUACCUGAUGUUGCAGGCCAAUACCACAUUUCACAACAAGGGUCUACAAAAAGCAAAGGAAACUUUGUUUUUAAAAGGAUGAACUUGCUAGGGAAGAAAGCUGAUACAUUCGCCCAUGGUGUCCGAGAGCAUGUGAGAUUGGGGACAAAGAUCAGUGAAACAGUGAAGGGAAAGCUGAGUUUAGGGGCAAGGAUUCUUCAAGUAGGAGGAUUGGAGAAGAUUUUCAAGCAAUUAUUUAGUUUCAGAGAAGGAGAGAAGCUCUUGAAGGCUUGCCAAUGUUACUUAUCAACAACGGCAGGCCCUAUUGCAGGCCUACUUUUCAUCUCAUCUGAAAAGGUUGCCUUUUGUAGUGAGAGAUCAAUCAAAGUCCCUUGUGCGAAUGGAGAAUAUGUGAGAGUCCAUUACAAGGUUGUGGUUCCAGUUGAGAAAAUAAAGGGGGUGAACCAGGGUGAAAACAUGAAGAAACCAUGGCAAAAGUACAUGGAAAUUGUGACAGUGGAUGGUUUCGAUAUCUGGUUCAUGGGGUUCUUGAAUUAUCACAAAGCUUUCAAGUGUCUGCAGCAGGCAAUCUCACAGAGACUGGAAGAUGUAGACACUUCCAAGGUGGCUUAACAAAUGUUUCAUGAAUCAUGAGAUUGUUUUGUUGAUGAAAUGUGGAAAAGUUAUCAGUAAAUCACUGUUACAAAUGUAAAAAAAAGGUUGUUCUAGAUUGAAUAUACGUUCCUUAAUUAAGGAUCAAAAUUAAACUGUAUUUUAUGUUGAUUUUUACUGGAAUACUUUAUAUCCGGCAUGAAUAUAAUAUGUUUUGGAACA